CAGAGAAGAAGAAGAUUUCGUACACUUCCUUCCAUUGCAAAUUUGCAUGAACCACUCUCCACGGCUACUCUUUCUUUAGAUAAUCAAUAAUACCAAAAACAGCGAAAGAAACAGAAUAUUCCCAUCUCAAAGAUGCCAAAUCUCAUUAUCACUACUGAACUCUUUCCUUCCUCUCAUUCCCAGCUUGAAUUCUGAAGCUUCAUCAACUUUACAAAAAAAGAAGCGGCAGAAAAUACAGAAUUAAUGUUAUGCAGAACUGUAAGCUAUGGAUGAUCACUUUGAUCAUUUUACUGAUUGUAACAAAGAUGGCAGUGGCUCAGUCUCCCAUUCCCACAACUCUAGAAGGCCCAUUUGAGCCUGCAACGCGGCGUUUCGACCCAUCACUUCGCAGAGGCAGCAAUGACUUACCUAUGGACCAUCCCAGGCUGAAGAAGAAUGUGACUCUGAAUUUCCCAGAACAGAUAGCACUUGCAAUAUCCUCACCUACUUCCAUGUGGGUUUCUUGGGUUACUGGGGAUGCUCAGAUUGGGAAAAAUGUGACACCACUUGAUCCUUCCAAGGUUGGGAGUGAGGUGCGCUAUGGAAAAGAAAGUGGGAAGUAUGAGAGUGUGAAGAAAGGGGUUUCAGUUGUUUAUAGCCAAUUGUACCCAUUUGAAGGCCUCUUGAAUUACACCUCUGGCAUCAUUCAUCAUGUGAGGAUUGAUGGUCUUAAACCAGGAACAAAAUAUUAUUACAAAUGUGGGGAUAGCUCUAUCCCUGCUAUGAGUGAAGAGCAUGCCUUUGAAACUUUACCAAUGCCUAGCCAAAGCACAUAUCCUCAUCGAAUGGCUGUCGUUGGAGAUUUGGGGCUCACAAGCAAUACCAGUACAACUAUUGAUCAUUUAAUCCAGAAUGAUCCUUCAAUGAUUUUAAUGGUUGGAGACUUAACCUAUGCAAAUCAGUACCGUACAACUGGUGGGAAAGGAGCUUCAUGCUUUUCAUGUGCAUUCCCAGAUGCCCCUAUCAGAGAAACAUAUCAACCACGCUGGGACGGGUGGGGAAGGUUCAUGGAGCCUUUGACCUCAACAGUUCCUAUGAUGGUUAUUGAGGGCAACCAUGAGAUUGAGCCCCAAGUUUCUGGCAUCACUUUCAAAUCCUAUUUGACAAGGUUUGCAGUGCCUUCAGAGGAAUCUGGCUCUAAAAGUAACUUCUAUUACUCUUUUGAUGCUGGAGGAGUACAUUUUAUCAUGUUGGGAGCAUAUGUCGACUACAAUGCUACCGGUGCUCAGUAUGCUUGGCUUAAAGAUGAUCUACAUCAACUAGACCGGACAGUGACCCCAUGGCUGGUAGCUGCAUGGCAUCCACCUUGGUAUAAUAGCUACUCUUCUCAUUAUCAGGAAUUUGAAUGCAUGAGACAAGAAAUGGAAGCCCUACUUUAUCAAUAUGGUGUUGAUAUUGUUUUUUCUGGUCAUGUCCAUGCCUAUGAACGGAUGAAUAGAGUAUAUAACUACACGUUGGAUCGAUGUGGACCUGUUUACAUAACAGUUGGAGAUGGUGGAAAUAUUGAGCAAGUUGAUGUUGAUUUUGCUGAUGACCCUGGAAAGUGUCCUUCAGCUGGAGACAACACACCAGAGUUUGGAGGGGUUUGUCAUUUGAACUUUUCUUCAGGGCCUGCUAAAGGCAGUUUUUGUUGGAACAAACAGCCAGAGUGGAGUGCAUUUAGAGAAAGCAGUUUUGGACAUGGCAUACUUGAGGUUGUGAAUUCUACAUACGCUCUCUGGACUUGGCACAGAAAUCAAGAUACAUAUAAGGAAGAUAGCCAUGGUGAUCAAAUAUACAUUGUGCGACAACCCGAACUGUGCUCCCCAUCUGUAAAGCCAUCAGUUUUUCCCUCUCUGCCCUCACUCUCUGCUGCAUUGCACUCUCUGGUGCUCUCUCUCUCCUUGCCACUCCUGGGAAUGUUUUGUCUCCUCUCCUCAUCCAAGUAGUCUCUUUCGCUCUGCGGCUGUGCAUCUGUGCAUUUUUGUGCUUUCUCUUUUAAAUCUCAGAAGCUUCCAAAAUGGAUAGAUUGCCUCAAUUGUUCUUUGUAUAAGAUCAUUCAAAUGGUGGUUAGAUGAAGAUUGCCUCAAUUGCUUUUGUGCCAUGGUGAAUGUUAAGAAUGGAUUAUAAGAAUGAUUUGCAAAUGUAAAUGUUUGUGGUUAUGAAAGUGAGACUGUACAACUCUUCAAAUUUGUUCGAUAAAUAUGAAUUUUAAGAGAAAUUAAGCCCUGGAUUGU